AGCUAACACCAAACAUUCGAAGAACGUGGAACGAACCAAACCAACAUGCGUAUUCUGCUCGUCCUCUCAGUUGUCCUGGCCGUGAUCCUCGGCUGCCACGCCUACAGUGCCACCUGGGGGCGCAGGAAUAGCAAUGAUUACCUCCUCUCGCGCACCGUCACGGUCCGCAAUCCGGUGAAGAACAACUUGUGGAACGUGAACGUCCAAUAUCCGAGUGGAUUCUACAACAUCUCGGUGGUGUAUGUCUAUGACAACUUCAAGAACAACUCUGGAGCAAAUCCCAGCCUCUACUCCGGCGGUCCGGGCUACAAGUUCUGCACCGUAAACCUGAAGGGCCAGGUCAGCCGCGGCAUCAACUCCACCGUCGAGAUCUGGGGUCGUUAAGUGAUUGUACGAACAUAAGUUAAACGAAUAAAAAACGCUGGAAAUUCUACUAAAA